CUGACAGGUCACAUUUCAGACUGAUCAGUGUUGGAUGUGCAUGUUGGCACUUAGGUGAAGAAGAGGAGUUUGUCUGAAAGCUGCUGAUGGGGUCAACAGAGGCUGAACAGUGAGGAGACAUGAAAGCUGUGGUUGGACUGUUGCUGAUGCUGCUCGGAGUCUCUCAUGGUGUGGAAAUCUACUGUGACGGCAGACAGGAUGGAGCUCAGUGUUAUGGAGCUUUGGGAGGAACUGUGGUCCUCCGGCUGAUAGCCAGCGCCUCAGAAAUAACUAGAUACCAAUGGAAAUUCAACACAACAAUAAUAUUAAGUGGGAAAAAGAAUAGGAUUGACUCUAAUCUGAGAGCAGACAGAUCCUUCUUUACUCCCAGUUAUGGAACAUUUAGGAUCAAUAACCUGAGCAGGGCUGAUGGUGGUGAAUAUACCCUAGAAACAUUUGAUUCCAGUGGACACGGUUCAAAGCCUCAGACUCUACAGUUGUUCAUUCAAGCUCCUGUGUCCUCUGUCCGGCUGGUCACUGAGUGUCUGUCCCAGGGAGAGAUGAGGGCGUCCUGCUCCUCUGAGGGAGGGGACAGUCCUCAGUACAGCUGGACUCUGGGUGGACGCACACUGACACGCACUGAGCUCCUCUCUGGAAAUCAUGAGACUAACAACAUCACUCUGAAACAACACGUCUCAGCACGUCUGGUCUGCUCAGUCAAGAAUAAUGUCAGUCAUGUCUCCAAAGAGGAGACGAUAUCUAACUGUGGCUUCAUCUUCAUUAAUUGCACCUCUAAUGGGAGGCGCAUAUCACAGUGGGUGUUUGCAGCCAAUAACACACUGUGUAUUGAGUCGACAACAGCCCCUACCACGGUCACAGAAGUGGAGCCCUCCACUGUGGGUGUGGAAAUCUACUGUGACGGCAGACAGGAUGGAGCUCAGUGUUAUGGAGCUAUGGGAGGAACUGUGGUCCUCCGGCUGAUAGACAGCUUGUCAGAAAUAACUAAAUACCAAUGGAAAUUCAACACAACAGUAAUAUUAAGUGGGAAAAAGAAUAGGAUUGACUCUAAUCUGAUAGCAGACAGAUCCUUCUUUACUCCCAGUAAUGGAACAUUUAGGAUCAAUAACCUGAGCAGGACUGAUGGUGGUGAAUAUACCCUAGAAACAUUUGAUUCCAGUGGACACAGUUUAGGUCAUUGGACUCUACAGUUGUUCAUUCAAGCUCCUGUGUCCUCUGUCCGGCUGGUCACUGAGUGUCUGUCCCAGGGAGAGAUGAGGGCGUCCUGCUCCUCUGAGGGAGGGGACAGUCCUCAGUACAGCUGGACUCUGGGUGGACGCACACUGACACACACUGAACUCCUCUCUGGAAAUCAUGAGACUAACAACAUCACUCUGAAACAACACGUCUCAGGACGUCUGGUCUGCUCAGUCAAGAAUAAUGUCAGCCAUGUCUCCAAAGACGAGACGAUAUCUAACUGUGGCUUCAUCUUCAUAAACUGUACAUUAUGUGAUGGGACGCACAUAUCACAGUGGGUGUUUGCAGCCAAUAACACACUGUGUAUUGAGUCGACAACAGUCCCUACCACGGUCACAGAAGUGGAGCCCUCCACUGUGGAUAACUCCCUGCUCAUAUGUGCUUUGAGAGCAUCUGUGGCAAUUCUUUCAAUCAUUGGGAUCACCGUCUAUUUUAUUUGGAAGAAAAAGAAAUCGGAGAAAUCUGAGGGCUCUGCCAUCCCACCAACGCCAGAAUAUCCGGACAACUCUGUUUUGAUGGUUGAAAUGAGAAAUUCCGCAUAUGAACUUUAACUUUCUGAAAUGAACAGUUUAGUGUCGUCUCUCUUGCUGUGUUGGCUCAUGUCUUCGUGGGUGUGAAAUAAUCAUUGAGAGUGAAAAUUCUCUGUGUUUUCAUUCUCCAUAAAACUACAUCUGACUGUUGUGUUGAUAGUUUAGCAGCUCACUGUGACUGCUUUUCCAUUUUCACUGCACCACUGCCUUUGGAGAGUGAUAAAACAUCCAGAGGUCCACAGCUGCAGCUGUGAUCACAGAGCAGAGAAAACAUUAGUGGUAAAUGUACAGUUGAUCUAUACAAAACGUUUUCUUUCAUUUCUGCUGAAUUAAAUGACAGUACAUAAAGAUUAAAACAAUUAAUAGUAAAUGUGAAUAUCAGCUGAUGUAAAAACCUGUUUGUCCUGAAGCAAAAUGUGACACUGUAAAACUUAAAGCAUCACGUUAGCAGUGAAACUCAUUUUGAUGCCAGUUGCAAAUGAUUGAUAUGGAAAUAUCACUUUUCCAUUUCAUCACUGUACAGUGAAAACAAUGUAUAUACAGACUUGGUGAUUUAGAUUUUUUCAGUUAAACUGAAGGAUUAAAUGUUGCUUGAUGGGUUGAGAACAUAACUCUUUCACUUCUUCAUGUAAAUCAACCGUUUUGCAACACAGUGGAUUAUCUGAAAAAGGAACUGUCACAAAACACAAAUAGCAGAAUUUACUUAUAAAAGAAAAGUUGAUGUUUUGGAAAUAGGCGGUUUUCACGUGUGUACAGGUGCUUGGCUUAGUGAUUUUGCAUCAAAAUAUGUUUUUUAAGAUUGUGUGUUUUUUUUUUUACACCAUCAUAAAUUACAGGUAUAUUCACACAUAUGCUUAAAGUACAUAACUCAGAAAUGAUGGAGUUAUGUAGAUAAUGGUUUUGUGUUUUUCUCCCAAAUUUUCAAACAUUAAUUGUAUAAAACCGUUUAAAGCAUUA